AUGGCGCCGCCGUUCGGGGUCGCGGCUCCUGGUUUCAGGGCCAAGUUCAAACACGGAUAGAGAGAGAAAAAGGACAAUUAACCCUUUAAAAUAUGUAAAUGUAAAUAAAGCUGUACGAGGAAGAGGGGAGAAAGAUAACAAAGUGAAAGACAAUACGGGAGACGGAGGAUCUUGUAGGGCGCGUCGUAGGGAGGGUGGGAAUAAAAUAAAUACAAAAUGACCGAAAAUACCAAAUAUUGUUAACUGUUAAUAGUUAUUGUCAUCACUCUCUGGGUUUAAUUCGAGACAGGAGGGAAAUAGUCGGCGCUGGAUUGGGUGGGGUCGGUUUAAAGUUUACAGGUGAGUGAGUUCGUGAAUAAUUGUACUGUAGAAUAAUCAUUAUAAAGCGUGAAGGAACCGGAUUCUGCGUCCCAGGCAUCAGCUGGAGAGGGUGAGAAGAAUACCCCAAGCCCCAGCAGAGCUGCAGAAAUCUGAUGGCUGAGGGGAAGAAGCUGUUCCAGAAUCGUUGCCAUGAACGGAAGAUUAUGGCAGAUUGUAUAAGAUCUCAUGUAGAUUUGGUGCCGGUGUUUGGAUCUUAAAGCUGUCUUACCAGAAUGGAUAGUGGCACGAUGGACACAGAGGCUGGUGCCAGUGGAUUGUCUGUUGACUCCAUCUCGGUUUCCUCUUUGAAGCUGAAUGGCUUUUGCUCACAGUUAAGUGAUGAUGAAGAUGAGGAACUGAAUUCUGAGGGUGGUGAUUUGGAAGUCAAUCCUUUCGAUGGACUCCCUUUUUCCUCUCGGUACUACGAGCUACUAAAAUGGAGAAAAACUUUGCCAGUCUGGAACGUCAAAUACCACUUCAUGGAAAGCCUUGUCAACAAUAAUAUGGUACUCGUGUCUGGCAAGCUAGGAUGUGGCAAAAGUACUCAGAUUGCCCAGUGGUGUGCUGAGUAUGCCCUAUCGGUCCAGUAUCAACAUGGAAUGGUGGUCUGCACCCAGCCUCACAGUCUGUCUGCCAUGUGUUUAGCACAACGUGUAGCAGAUGAACUGGACUUGAAUGUAGGUCAUGAAGUUGGGUACCGUGUUCCUUAUGAAGACUGCUGCACCACCGAAACUGUUCUCAGGUACUGUACAGAUGAUAUAUUGCUCUGUGAAAUGAUGUCUGAUCCCUUGUUGCAUCACUAUGGAGUUAUAAUUAUUGAUGAAGCCCAUGAACGAACCGUAGCAACUGACGUGCUCCUUGGUUUAUUGAAAGACUUGCCAAAGCAGAGGCCAGAGCUGAAGGUUGUCAUCAUCACAGCACCAUACCUGGUAGAUAGGCUGGGAAGUUACUAUCCUGGUGCGCCUUUUGUUAAAGUGGAGGAUGUCGCAGAAAAUUUGUUUCCCGUGGAUGUUAUAUACAGAGAUGGACAGUUCAAGGACUGUGUCUCAGCUGCUUCACAAACGGUACUGGAUAUCCACAAGAAGGGAGAAGAGGGCAAUAUCAUUGUCUUCCUGGCCAAUGAAAAGGAGAUAACUGACUGCUGUCGAGCUAUACGCACAGAAGGGGGAGCUCUCGGGUCUCAGUUGGGAGAGCUGAUCCCCAUUCCAUUGUAUUCAGGCAUGGGAAGCAACUUUCAAAAAGUUUAUGAAAACUGCAACCAGAACUUCAAAGAUCACCGCAGGAAAAUCAUCAUUGCAGACACUUUAGCUGAUUCUUCAUUUUCCAUCGAUGUUUCUUAUGUAAUCGACUCUGGAAUGGAACAAAAAACUGUAUAUAAUCCUCGCAUUCGGGCUGAUUCUCAGGUAAUUCAACCCAUUAGUAAGGGCCAGGCUGAGCUGAGGAGGCAAAGAUUAGGUCACAUCUGCCCAGGGAAGUGCUUCCGCUUGUACUCAGAAACAUUGCACAAUGAAAUGGUGGAGGUUCCACCACCUCGAGUCUCUGAAACAAACCUAAGUCAUCUGGUACUUUUGCUGAAGAGGCUGGAUAUUGCGGACAUGGGGCAGUGUGACUUCCUGGACAGACCAGCUCCAGAGGCGCUAAUGCAGGCACUGGAGGACCUGGACUAUUUAGCUGCUCUGGAUGAUGAUGGGAACUUGUCAGAAGUUGGAAUCAUUAUGUCAGAAUUUCCCCUGGAUCCCCAGCUUGCCAAAGCGCUUCUUGCAUCUUGUGAAUUUGACUGUGUGAACGAGAUGCUAACAAUAGCUGCAAUGGUAAUAGCAUCACCAUGUUUUGUUGUACCACCGAAGCAUUUGGAGGAGUCUGCAGCAAUUCGCAGAAGAGUUCUGCUGCAUCCGGAGGGUGAUCACUUUACGCUCAUCAAUGUCUAUAAUGCCUUCAAACAGCAUAAUGAAGAUGAAACGUGGUGCCUGAAGAAUUAUCUGAGUUACUCUGCUCUGAAGCUGGCCGAUAUAAUUCGAUAUGAGCUUUUGGAGCUGAUGCAGAGAAUUGAGCUGCCAAUUUCCCCACCAAAUUUUGGAAUGGAUGAAAAUGUGCUCAACAUCAAAAGAGCUCUGAUCUCGGGUUACUUCCUCAAGGUAGCCAGAGAUGUCGAUGGGUCUGGAAAUUACUUGAUGCUGAAUCACAAGCAUGUGGCUCACCUUCAUCCUAUGUCGUGUUAUCUCACCAGAAAACCUCAGCCACGACCUCCCUCCUGGGUCCUGUAUCAUGAAUUUACCAUUUUCCUAGACAACUGCAUCAGCGUUGUCUCUGAGAUUCACCCUGAGAUGCUGAUUGAGUUUGCACCACAGUACUACCUGAGCAACCUACCAGCCAGCGAGAGCCGUGACCUGCUCAUGGAACUGCGGGAGAAGGUGAACAGGACUGAACCACUACCUGACCAAGAGGCAGAGGAAGCUGUGAAGGAAGAAGAAAACGUGGAAGCAGUUGAAAAUGAGGAACUCUGCCUGCUUCAGUGAAUGGAAAGAAAGCUAAUACCCUCUGCCCCCACUCCCCUAGCGACCAGUUGCUAAAGACAGCUGACCAUCAACUCAACACAUAUAUUACGUGGGAACCAGCAUAGAAAUUCUUCCCUCACCAACUUGCUUCCUUAUUAAAAAUCAACCAAUAAAGAGAAUUUUUGUUUUGCUCUCCCAAGUAAAGGGACUAAGGUUAGUAAUAACUAACUUUUUGAAGGGAGAUUAAUAAAGACUGAAAUGAGUACUCUGGGGUAAGAGUUGGAGAAUAGAACUAAUUGGUUAGCACUUUCAAAGAACAGAUAAUUUGGGCUGAAUGACUUUGUCCAAUGCUGUUUGAUUUUGAGAUUCUUGUCAGAAGAUAUUUUAGUUCAAAAAAACUGUGAAUCAUUUUCAGUUGAAAGGAUUCCCCCUGACCUAUCUUUUGCCUAUUCAUCCAGCUAGAAACCUGAGGUUAGGUACACUGCCUUACUGGAGCUCACUGCAAAGUGUGCAUAAAGAUUCCUCAUGAAGUGAACGGGGCAAUCUUAAUCCAUUUUCAUUAAUGGCUCAUAACAUAGAAAUAAGUUUUUUUUUAAUGUGAUUGUGUCAAUACUGCCCUGGAAAUAGUGAAAUUCCUGAUAGAUAUGCGGGGGUAUUCUGCUACUGAGAUUGCUGCUGAGGCAAGUUUUAGUUAUUUUAUUUUAUCAGUAGGAUUUUUACCUUAACUCUGCCCCCAGGCAGUGUGGAAGAAAACACUCUCCUUUGCCUCCCUUAGAACACAAAAACACAAUUUCCUUAAAAGGUAAGAACUAAAGUCAGAGGCUUAUGAUUUUUUUAAUCUGCUGAUCUCAGCAUAAGCGCUGUUAAAAAGAAAAAAAUCUGCUGGUUGCUUGAAAUGAACUGUGUAAGGAAAUAGACCGUGAACAAUGAUUAGAUAAGACACCUGAUGAAGACUUUUGUUGUACCAAAUGGCCUCCCUCUGGUUUAUAACGCUUCAAGCUUCAAUGGCUAUUUUACUAUUUUUUGAUAAGUAAAUAGUACUGCUGGCCUUGAAACCUCACCUCUACCUUGGGGGAAAUCAUGUGUGCAUGUGUUUCUGUUUGUCUUUGUCUGUAUUGUGUGUGUGUGUUCAUCUGUGUCUGGAUGGGUACCUGUAAAUCAAUACAAAUAAAAAUGUCCCUUGCAGUUUGCACACGAGACAAGCAUAACUGGACAGAGGUAGUGUAGCAAUACAAGAGUCCGAUGCACUAUUUGACUUUUGAAGACGUUGGACACUAAAUUGAUUGUAUAGUUAUUAGGAAUUACAACUGGAUUUGUGACUCUCUCCUUUACUCUUUGUAAAUAGUUUGGCGGUUAUCUCAGUUUUUAUAUCACAAUCCAAACAGCACAUUUCCUUUGGGAAUAUUACAGAACUGACUGAAGCGGUAGAGCGGCCAACUUGCAAGUAUCUGUUUGUAACAGGGUUUAAGUUGUUAGCUUCUGGAUGUAGAACAUAGAACAUACUGUGGAGCAUUACAGCACGGUACAUGCCCAUCAGCCCAUAAUGUUGUACUGACCUUUAAACCUAAACUGAGAUCAAUCUAACUCUUCCCUCCUACAUAGCCCUCCACUUUUCUAUGAUCCAUAUGCCUAUCUAAGAGUUUCCUAAAUGCCCCGAAUGUAUCUGCCUCUACCUCCACCUUUGUUCCAUGCACUCACCAGUCUCUGUGUAAAGAGCUUAUCUCUGACAUCCUCACUAUACUUUCCUCUAAUCACUGUAAAAUUAUGUCCCCUUGUUGUCUCUGUCCACUCAAUCUGUGUCUCUAACAAGGUGACAUAAGGCACUGCAAGUGCUUGAACCUGAAUCAGAAAACCAAACUGCUGGAGUAUCUCAGUAGGUCAGGCAGCAUCUGUGGAGGGAUAUGGACUGUCAACGCUUCAGGUUACGACCCUUCAAUCUAGAUUGCAGAAGGGUCUUGACCCAAAACAUCAGCUGUCCAUUUCCCUCCAUAGAUGCUGCCUGAACUGCAGAUCCUCCACCAGUUGGUAACUUGCUUCAGUGUGAUGCAUACUUGCACUGACAGUCGUGAUUAUUCAAGAGGGCAGUACUGAAUUAGACUGCCUUACUGAAUUAUUCUCUUCGUGCUCACCCAACAUAGUUUACUUGGAGGGAAAUAGCCAGAGGGAGUGAGUUCCAUUCUGAGGAUGUGAAUGAAUUAUCAGAGCACCUUGACACCCAUAGAGUAUAUUCUUUAGAUGCUUUCAAUAGUUGAUCUGCAGAACCUUUGCUUUGAACAGUGCCAUAAUUGUACUAUUUAUCUCAAAGAACAUAGAACAUCACAGCACACUAUAGGCACUUCAGCCCAUGAUGUUGUGCGCUGACCUUUUAACCUACUCUAAGAUCAAUCUAGCCCCUCCAUUUUUCUUUCAUACAUGUGCCUAAGAGUUUCUUAAAUGUCCCUAUGUAUCUGCCUCUACAACCACCCCUGGCAGUGCAUUCCAUGUACCCACCACUCUGUGUAAAUAAAGACCUACAUUUGACAUUCCCCCCCUCCAAACAUUCCUCCAACCACUUUAAAGUUAUACCCCCCUCUUCAUUAGGCAUUUUCACCCUGGGAAAAAGUCUUUGACUGUCUACUCGAUCUAUGCUUUUCAUAUCAUGCAUACCUCUUAACCUUCUUUGCUCCAAAGGGAAAAAGCCUAUCUCACUCAACCUAUCACCACAAGACAUGCCCUCUAGUCCAGACAGCAUCCUGGUAAAUCUCCUCUCCACGCUCUCCAAAGCUUCCAUACAAUAAAGUGACCAGAACUGAACACAACUUUCCAAUAGAGCUGCGAUAUUACCUCACGGCUCUAAAUGUCAGAACUAAACUCCAACAAUAGUCUUUUAUUUUCCUGUCAGAAGCCUUCAUUGGAACUUUGAAACUUGUACAUUCUGGACUGUUGCUAAAAAGCAGACCACAGUUUGUAACCUUAUAGCAAAGUGACCAACCCUGUCUUCCUUGGAAAUUAAAUGCACAGUUUUGCUGAUGAGACUAGAUUCUGUACACUAUAUUGGGUUAACUGCUUGCAGUUUCUUUAAACGGGAGGGGAAUGACCAUGUUGAGUUCUCAUGCUUGGUCACUCUGCACCAGGCUGUAAUGAGGAAUGUUAAUGAGGUGUUGAGUGAUUUAAACACUGGUCAGAGUUUACCAACUGCUGCAUUAAACAGCAUCGUCUGAGCUCCCAUUGGUUGGGUGUUGGAGUAUCAUCUGAAGAACUUGACCCAACUUGGGCUUCAGGGAGAAUCAGAGCAAGAAGUAUAAAAUUACCUUUGCAAAGUCACAUCUGCACCUUUUAGUAAUGAUUAUAGCCAAACUUCUAUUAUCACAAGAUAUGAGUAAUUGUGAAUUGUAUAACAUGAUUUUAAAGGAAAUCAGAUUGUUGAACCAAUGUUUCUCAGCCACAAAUAUCAGCAUUGUAGUGUAUCCACUGUUAAUGAUAGCUUUAAAAUCAAUAUUUUAACAAAGUCCAAUUGAGGCUGUUCUGAAUAGGAUUUUAUUUUUAGUGUUUGAACACCAUUUCUCAAUUAUUUCAUGUUGAGUGGGGUCAGGAGAAGCUCCUCAAUUAAUCUGCAGCCUAAUUUGUAAGAUCAUAAGACAUGGGGACCAAAUUAGGCCAUUUGGCCCAUCAAUUCUGCAUCACCAUUCCAUCAUGGCUGAUUUAUUAUCCAUCUCAACCCUAUUCUGUCUCUGCCCGUAACUUUUGACAUCCCAACCUUUAAGUAUAUCAAGUGACUUGACCUUCACAGCCGUCUAUGGCAAUGAAUUCCACAGAUGUGCCACCCUGUGGCUAAAGGAAUUCUUCCACACCUCUGUUCUCAUAGGAUGUCCUUCCUUUUUGAGACUAUGCCCUCUGAUCCUUGACUCUCCCACUAUUGGGAAAAUCCUCUGCACAUCCACUGUAUCUAAGCCUUUCAAUAAGAUGCAAUGAGAUUCUUCCUCCCAAUUCCAAUGAGUACAGGCCCAGAGCCAUCAAACACUUCUGUGUUAACCCUUUCAUUCCUAGGACUAUUCUCAUAAAUCUCUGGGUCCUCUCAAUCACUAGGACAUUCUUCAUUAAAUAUGGGGCCCAAAACUGCUCUCAAUACUCCAAAUAUACUCUGGCCAACACUGCCUCAGCAUUACAUCCUCACCUUUACAUUCUAGUCCUCUUGAACUACUGCUGAAAAAGUUGUAGAGCCAUCUCUGUCAGACCCAAUGUCAAGGCAGCUGAUAAACAAAGUCAGGCUCAGGACUUAGUGAAACUGGCAGGUCUCCUGGUCUGGACAGAGGGAGAUGACCUGAGACAGACUUCAGCUUUGAACAUCUGAAUUGCUGCUCAUCUAUUGAAGCCAAUGGACAUAGGGUUGUAAAUGGUGAUUGCAAUUUCUAGUCAGAAGUGAUUUAGAUAAUUAUAACAUUAGGCAUAUGUUUCAAAAUUUGGUUUCAUUUAAACAUUAAGGCAGAAUGUUCUGCUUUAUGUCUUGGCAAAGGAACUUCAUCCAUCAAGAAAAGGAAUCAAAUUAAAGUAACUUCAUAAUUUCCUCUGCAAAGAAUGAUCAUUUAUUCCAGAUAACACUUUGUAACUGUGGUUAAAAAUGUAAAUUGGUAUAUUAACGAGUAGGUUAGCAGAGAGCAGAUUGCAAAAUAGAUGUUUGUAUUGAGCUUCAUGCUUUAGCCAGCUUGCAGCAUAAUUUAUAUCCACAUGAUGUAUCAUUCUUGAUCAUUACAGGAUUCUUUAAAUGCAUGGGGAUUAUUCUCUCGAUCGCCAAAUCAUCCUCUGGUUUUAAAGCUCUCGUGCCUUGGGGAUGGAGGAAAGUUAAUGGUCUCAAAAGAGUAAUAGAGCACUACAUCAGAGAAACAGGCCCUUCAGCCCAUCAAGUUCAUGUCAAACUAUUAUUCAUUCUGCCUAGUCCCAUUGACCUCCACCUGCACCAUAGCCCUCCCUACCAGCCCUCCGUCCAAAUACUUAUCCAAACUUCACUUAAAUGUUGAAAUCAAACCCGCAUCCACCAAUUCCACACUCUCAGCACACUCUGAGUAAAGAAGUACCCCCUCAUGUUCACCUAAAAUAUUUUAGCUUUCACCCCUAACCCAUGACCUCUAGUUCUAGUCUCACCCAACCACAGUGGAAAAAGCCUACUUGUAUUUACCCUAUCUAUACCAUUCAUAAUUUUAUACAUGUCCAUGAGAUCUCCCCUCAUUCUCCUACUCUGCAAUGAUUGUUCUCUGUCAUUCAGGUCCCGAAGUCCUUAUCCUUGUAAAUUUCCACUGUAUUCAGUCUUAUUAACAUCUUUCCUUUAGAUAGAUAAUCAGAACUGCACACAAUACUCAAAAUUAGGCCUCUUAUUGCCUGUUACGCUGCUAGCUUUUACGGCAGCAUGAAGGUCCUUCAUCUCUGGCAGUGUUGAGGUCUUCCUUCAGUAUGUCAUUAUCUUCCUCUUGAUCUUCACUACUAUCAAUCAUGAAAGGCCCGGGUGGAGACUUUGGAAUACCAUCACACACACACAGGUGUAUAAGUAUUCUUCAUUGCUGUUUCUGUAACAAUUGUUUUUACCAGUCAGGGUUGUUAGCCUUGAGAAAUUAGGCCUCACCAAUACAACUUCAACGUAGCAUCCUAACGCUUGAGUGAAGUAGAAAACAAAUUAAGUAUGUCUCCUGUGCAAAGCAAUCAACAUAUCAAUGUGGAUUUGAUGGGGGAGUGGCAUGUAAGCGCAUGGUGAAAGUUGGUCAUUAGCAAGUAGUGACUUAGCAGUCAACAGCAGGCUCCAUGCAUUGAAAUCUAAGGAAAUGUUAGGAGUAACUCGGAGUAACACUCCAACAAUGUUUCCAGGUGAAAACUUUAUAUAAUUUAUUUGAAAGGGCAUCAUGGUUCUCUUCACACAAUUUUGGGACUGUUCUUUAUGUAAUUUAUUUUCUACAUGUGCCAAUUGCACAGAAGGUGGAUUCUGCUGUGCUAUGAACUUGGAGCUAACUGAAAAUAUUAUACUGAAAGUAUUUAUUUUGGUUUACUCUCUUUCUAUCGAGAAUGCAGGUCCUAUAAGCACCCAUAGAUAUUUCCUUUGAAUCAAGGAAGAAGUUUGCUGAAAACUUUAGUCUAUUGUAAAGUUAUUGUACUUUCAUGAAUGUCAUGUAGACAUGUAAAAUACCUUUCAGUGGUGGCGGUAAUGUCAAUUUUAAUGAUUACAAAAUGAAACAAAGCCUUUUUUUGUUUUAUUUUUCUUUGAAAAGAAUGCAUAGUGGAAUAUCACGUGGCCACAACUAGUGUCCUUACUGUGGCAUCUCAUGAUUGUAAAUGGAUUUGUCUCUUAGUUGUUGGAUUGUGCUCAUGUGCUUCAACAGUGACAUAGUCUUGGACUGUAACGUCAAGUUCAAGUUUAUUGUCAUCUGACUGUACAUACACACAACCAAACGAAACAAUGUUCCUCUGGCCAAAAGUGUACCUGCAAAACAUAUCCCUCACUGCACAUAAACCAAAAUGUUACCAUAAAUAAGUUAGUAAGAUAUAAUUCAAAAUGCAGCACACACAAAAUGCUGGAGGAACUCAGCAGGCCAGGCUGCAUCUUUGGAAAAGAGUAAAUAGUCGAUGUUUCGGAUCAAAAACAUAGAAACAGAAACAUAGAAAACCUACAGCACAAUACAGGCCCUUCGGCCCACAAAGUUGUGCCAAACAUGUCCCUACCUUAAAAUUACUAGGGUUACCAAUAGCCCUCUAUUUUUCUGAGCUCCAUGUACCUAUCCAAAAGUCUCUUAAAAGACCUUAUCCUAUCCGCCUCCACCACCAUCACCGGCAGCCCAUUCCACGCACUCACCACUCUCUGCUUUUAUAUUAAAAAAAACAAACUACUUACCUUCAAGACCCUUCAUCAGGCCCAAAAUUUCCACAGAUGCUGCCUGGCCUGUUGAGUUCCUCUAGCAUUUUGUGUGUUUUGCUUUGGAUUUCCAACGUCUGCUGAUUCUCUCAUGCUUGUAAUUCAAAUGACGAGACGUCAGUGGUGGCAGGGUAUUCCUUUGUCUCACAGUCUGAGGGAUGAAGCUAUUACUUGGUCUGGUAGUCCUAAUCCUGAUGCUCUUGUACCUCCUUCCUUGUAAUUUCAACUGUGAAUGUAUUAAACCUUCAAUGUUUUGACUGAGAGAAAGGGGAAUUGGAACUGACGUAUUAUCCUGGUACAAAAGAAAGCUGCGUAGGACCAAUUUUCACUGGUCAUUGGUGCAAGAAUUGCUUAGGGCACUGUCUUCACUGUGGAACAGACUGAAUGUUAGCAAUGCACAGUAGUCACAAUAGGAGACCACUGGCUUCUGGCUUCUGCUUCCAAGUGCUUCUGCUGUUUUGUCUGAUCAUGGCUGAGCUGUCCCAGGCCUCACCUCCACCCCCAGCUGUCAGUAAUCCCACCAUUGUAAAUUGGAUCUAUAGCCUCCAUAACUAAUUCCAAAAAUGUGGCCUUCACAGCUGUUUGGUCAAGGCGAUUCCAGAGAUUCACCACUCUCUGAACAUGACUGCCCCUUUAAUUAGUAAGUGAUUUUUUAAGACAUCCACCAACAAAAAAAUCUCAGUAUUUUCCCUAUUACAACCUGUAAAGAUACACUCAUUGGCCAGUUUAAGGAGUGAAACCCAUUGUGGUCUUCUGCUGCUGUAGCCCAUCCACUUCAAGGUUCAGUGUGUGCACUCAAAGAUGCUCUUUUGCACACCACUGUUGUAUGUGUGCGUUACUAUCACCUUACUGUCAGCAGAGGGUGGUGGAUAUUUGGAAUGAACUGCCAUCGGAAGUGCAAAAGAAUGACACAAUAACAAUGUUUAAAGGACAAUUCAACAGGAUUGAAUAGACAAGAGGUUCUGCAGAUGCUGGAAAUCUUGAACAAAACACACAAUGCUGAAGGAUCUCAGCAAGUUAGACGC